AUGAGCUCUCACGAUUACUACAAUUCGAGCUAUGCCCAACCUACGCCAUAUCAUGAUCCAGUAUACGACACAUACAACAGACGAGACGAUGAACUGCCACCUCUUCCCGGCGGCUCAUCCUAUGGGAAUCACAGCGCCUACCCAUAUUCCCAUCAAACACCAUCACAGUCCUAUUCGGGCGCAAGUGGACGACUGCACGAUGAGCCCGACCCUUUCGAGGAUCAGAAUGCCAUACCUUUAAAGCAGAACCGGAAACACGAAUCGCAUACUACCAUAUCACCAAUACUUCCCCAACAAGAAACAGAAGACUCGUUCGUAAGAGAUGUAGACCCACGAAAACGACGGAAACGAAGAAGUGUGCCAAGGGACGGUUGGUUUAGUGGACGCAUACCAUGGGUGGUGUAUACCCUUUCCGUCGUGGAGCUGAUAGUCUUCAUCGCCGAGCUGGUUAAGAUGGGAGUCCUGACGAAGUCACCAAUCGAGAUACAUCCUUCCUUCAACCCCAUGAUCGGACCAUCACCAUACGUCCUUAUCAACAUGGGCGCACGAUAUCAGCCCUGCAUGCACAACAUGCCGAACGUUCAAAAUGCUACAGAGAAGAUAUCCUGGCCUUGUCCAAAUGCCACAUCGACUACUGGCGCGGAUGUGUCGUGCUCGUUGUCCGAGCUUUGUGGGUUUAGUGGUGUGCCUGAUCCGCAUGUUGGGGGAGAUAUUCAUGAUCAGCCUGCCCCUAACCAGUGGUGGAGGUUCAUUGUGCCCAUCUUCAUCCAUGCUGGUAUUAUCCAUAUCUCGUUCAAUCUGCUCCUGCAGCUCACACUGGGCAAGGACAUCGAGCGGCUGAUAGGAAGCGUCCGCUUUGCAAUCGUCUACUUUGCAGCGGGAAUCUUCGGCUUCGUCCUUGGUGGCAACUUUGCAGCGAAUGGCAUAGCAUCUUGCGGCUGCUCUGGAAGCCUGUUUGGCAUUCUUGCAAUAAAUCUGCUUGAUCUUCUCUACACCUGGAAAGACCGGAAAGGACCAGUCAAGGAUCUACUGUGGAUUGUUCUGGACAUUAUCAUUGCAUUCGUGCUUGGUCUUCUACCAGGUCUUGACAACUUCUCCCAUAUAGGCGGCUUCCUCAUGGGACUCGUCCUUGGGGUAUGCAUCCUGCGCUCACCCUCAGCUGUUGCACGGCGCACAUCGACAGGCGAGAACCGAUAUAGUGGCCUCUCGAACGCUCGAAGCACAUCUGGACGCGAAGAAGGUCUUCUUGGCUUCUUCAAACAACCACUGGGCUUCUUCCAGAACCGCCGAGGUAUAUGGUGGGCAUGGUGGCUUGUCCGUGCAGCGGCAUUGAUUGGAUGUCUGAUUGGGUUCAUCUUGCUCCUCACGAACUUCUACAAGGAGCCAAUGGUCGGGUGUUCGUGGUGCAAAUACCUUUCGUGCUUGCCUGUAAAGACUGGAACGACGAAUUGGUGCGAUGUUGGUAACUUGAACUUCACGCCUACGAAUGGGACGAGCAAGAGAGAUCUGUUAGGCGUAAUGAUAGGAGAUAUGUGGAUGUUGGAGGAUCAUGCUAUAUCAUGA